UUCAAAAUGAAUAAAAACCAUUUCAUUCAGCAAAAUUACCUAUGUAUUUUUUUUCCAGAUAUAUGAUGGUAGCAUUUCAUGUUUUGCAUAAAUGACCUAACAUAUACUGUUUACAGGCUGGUGGUCAUGACAACAUUUUUGUAUAUUAUUUGUUUGUUUAAACUUCCCUCUCUUUUAUUGCUUUAUAAGCUUUUACCUCCGGAUAUGAGGUGAAUAGUAGUGUCAAGGGACAUUGAGGUAAUAAUGGUGUUAGUGUUAGUUUAUCUGAACGGCUGUUAUGGGGAGGGUCAGCAUAAUUUACACCAAAUGCUGAGUAACUAUGGAGAGCUGAAAGAGUGUUAGUGCCGUGCGAUCGUUUACGGAUCUGUGCGCAUCAGUGGAACGCCUGCUCUCUGAUAACAAGGAUAGAGUCAGGAGGUAUUGAUUUGGGGGCGACAUUAGUUUAAUGGAGGCCUGGAUGGAAGCAAGAGUUACACAUGUGGAUGUGUGGAACAGGUAAAGAAGCCGGAUAUAUGUGCUCCACCAUUCCAGUCUCAGCAUACAGAGGAGCUAUUGUUCUUCAGCCUAACGCUUUCUCUCAUUAGUGUGGUGCUGGACUCCAAACAUGAAUCAGUCUUUUAUUGUUAAAAUCUCUGCGGAUUGGUACAACAUAACGGAGAGCAGACACAUGAAGCUGUUCCUCAUCCCUACAGUUCUGCUCACCUCUGUCACGUUGCUGGUCAACCCCAUUCUUUCCCUUUGCAUACUGUGUUUUCCUUCGCUACGUCAAGAGAACCGCUACCUGCUCCUUGCUAACAUGCUCUUCGCUGAUAUGCUCUUCCUCGCCAUAAACCUUGCGAUGGUCUCCUGCAACUCCAUGGGCCUGCACAUGCCCCACUGGUUGUGUGAGUUCAUGAUGGUGAGCAUGGUAAUGACAUACAGCACCUCAGUGCUCACCAUCACAUUGAUGGUUGUCGACACGUAUGUGGCGGUACGGUGGCCGUUACGUUACAAAGAGAUUCUUCCACCAUCUCGGGCUAGGAAGAUAAUCAUGAGCUUGUGGGUGAUGGCCACAGUGUGUCCCGUCUCUUUGCUAGUGAUGUUUGAGGUGUUGAUGGGCCAGAACAAGCAGAGCCGUCCAGUGUGUUUAGUGUUGAUUGCGCUGCACUCGUUGGAACAGAAGAAGGUUGGCGUUCAUUCAUACUUCAUCAUUGCCAUCAGCCUCUGCACUGUUCUUACUGUGUACUGUUACAUCCAUCUCUACAUCAUCACCAAGACUUCUGGGAUAUGGCGUAGUCGGUACUCUCGUGCACGUAUGACACUUCUGGCGCACGUUCUGUUACUCAUGAUGUAUUUUGUACCCACGUUGGUCUUUGCAGUCGAGCUGGCUCUUUUAAAGCAAGAAAGCUUGGAGGAUGUGGGAGUGUGGAUUAACUUGGUGAACAUGUGCGUGUUGAUGUUGUUGCCACGCUGUUGCACACCUUACCUGUACAUCCUGCGCUAUCGCGAGAUUUACAAGACUAUCCAGCACGUGUUGUGGAAGAAGAGACACCAAAGUCAGAGGAGUGCAGCCUAGAACUGCACUUGAAGUAAAGCAAGCCUGCAAAAUAACUGUGUCUGGUUGCUCUGCCGUUGGAGGUUUUUUUUGCAGAAGAAGGAAUUUAAAAGACUCCUGAGCCAGAAAGAGAUAUCAAAAGAUAUAUUUUAUAUUUUAUUAUUCACUUUAGUAUAUUCAGUUAAAGCAUUUUAAUGUUUCAAUUGUUUUUAUAUUUUCAUAUCUAGACUGAAGACUGAAUGUGCUGUUAUUCAUCAUAACAAAAUUAUAUAAUGUGCAACUGGGUAAAUCUAACAAAGAAAAGUCUAGGUUACUAAGACUUAAUUACAAAUAUAUAUAUAAAAUAAAAUAGGCUUGAUUUUCUUCAUGUAAAAUCUGCAUUUCUUGACUAUUUUUUUGAGAUUUCCCCAGUGAUAAAAAGAUGUUGUUAUUCAUGACCACAAAAUUGAUUCAAACUGCAAAGCAGUGGUCGAUGCUGUUUUGUUCUCUUGGUAAGGUAAAUAAAUAUACAUUUCAGA